CAGCAAGUUCCUUUCAAGUUUCAACUUAUUGCGAACCAGACCAAAUCCAAAUCCAAAUCCAAAUGGUUGGUUCCAGAAUGCAUAACGCCGGCGUUCCUUUGUGAACCCUGCUUCUGGCUAUCUUCGUUUCCUACGUCUUCAAAUAAAAUGCGCGCUCGUCCUCGAUGUCAUCGCCAGUCGAUAUCGCAGCUGGUGCUGCAAAGCGGGAUACACGUAGACUGCGAAGAGGUCACAACACACCUGGUCCGCAGCUGGUCAGGCCUACUCGCUCAAGCCGCACACCUCGCCAAUCUGCCCACAACGAAGACACAGGGAAACUAUCCGCAGGCGUCAAGAGUAGAAAAGUCGCUACCUCCAGCAAAGACUUCCUCAUCCCAGCAGCGUGCUCACUUGACACUGCAUUCCUCGAUCCCACUCCAUCCAGAAGGAUCACCCGAGCAUUCAGCAAAAGCGUUCAAGCGCAAUUGACACCCUCACUCGACACUCCUGCCGCCGAUCCCCUUCCGACCCAGUCUGUCCAGCCGGCUUCGACAGCUACCGGGAGCCCGACGGCGCCUCCGCAACCUACACGAACAAAACACAAACACGAAUCCAUCGAAGAGGAACCGGUCAGACGACGACGGGAAAGGUCACAAUCGGUGGCAGAGUUGCCUCCAUCCAAGGACCUCCUCACUUGGCAGAAUCUGGAAAAGCUCAACAUCGAGACAGCAUCGAAGACAUCAGACGGCAUGGCAGGAACGAAAAGAAGUCACUCACUCCGCGAGAGCACUGCGGAAUUGAAGCCGGAGACAGCCUCCAUGUCCUUGCCAAGAUCAUCUCUCACGCUUGCCAACUACCGCUUGAUGUCACUUGACCGUGCAAGGAUCGUCGUUCAGCACCGAGGUAUCCCAGAACACCUGAUGCACAGAGUCAACGCCAUUAUCCAACCAAAGCUCGAUAAAGACCAAGAAAGCCUUGUCUUCUACGUCGCAGACAACUUAUGCAAGCAGUUUCCCAACGUUCUCGAAGAUGCGGCUAGGGAAGAUGACUGCGUUGAAUUGCUAUAUCAGGCCCUGAAUCUGAUGAACGGCAUGCUCUACGACGAAGCUUUCGCCCUCCCAAGAAAAGCAGACUGGGACCCAGCUCUGAAACCCAAGGCUCAACGAAUGUUUUAUAUGUCCAAUCCUCCAAACCAGUCUCUCAAUGAUACUGGCGACUCCCAUGACCGACCACAUAAGCGGCAGCGUGUAGGGGCUUCCUACGUUUCGUCAAAGAUUUCCGAUGCAACCAUGAUGCCACUGCCACCGCGCCCAUCAAAGCCUGACAACAACUAUGUCAAGACCGCUCGCCCGGACAUUACGAUAGGGUUUUUCCACCACGUCGUUACGAAGAAGUUGUUGUCGUUGGGAGUCAACGAACUCGCUGCUAAGGAGUUGUUGAAGGAUCUGCAGUACCAAGGGGAGCUCAUGUCCAGUCCCACCCGUCCUGCACUCCACGUACGCUUUCCAUCUCUGGUCGUCGAAGGGAAGGCAUACGCAACUGGCAAGAGCAUGUACGAGGCAGAGAACCAGGCUGCUGGAUCUGGAAGCUCCAUGCUCGCCAUGCAGGGUCACCUUGCCGAGCUCACUGAACGUUACUCUCCAGGAAGUUAUGAGAACAAGGAACCUCUGGCCUUCUCUGUCACCCAUGAAGGGCCUCUCAUGCUGCUCUGGGUGCACUACAUCACAUCGCUGGAAGAUGCACGCUUCUACAACAUGCAUGCUCUGGGAGUUUGUCAUACGACGAUGCAGUCAAACACCAGGGAAUUCUUCAUGGCAUUGGCGGGAGUCAUGCGAUGGGCCAGCACUGAGUUUUUGGACGAUGUAGCGGCGCAACUGUUCUUGGUGUGGAAAGCUGCAAACGGGCAGACCAUAUGAUGUGAUGUGUACUUUGUCAUCGACAUCGUCACUACGGCUCGCAGCUCAGCGUCGCAAUAUACCCAAAGCAUGUCCACAGGUAGCAUGUCCACAGGUAGCAUGUCCACAGGUAGCAUGUCCACAGGUAGCAUGUCCACAGGUAGCAUGUCCACAGGU